CUUUAUAUAAUUCUAUUUUAACUCCAAAUAAUGCUUGUUUGAAUUCUUUAUGCUUUCACUUUUGUUGCCACAUACUUUCUGGGUUUUUGUGCUUUUAAUACAAGAUGGGAGUGAGCUCUUAGCUUCAGCACUUUCUUCAGGUACGCUUUUUCAUUAAUUACUGGAACCUGCCUUAGAGCAGGUUCCAGCUCUUGUCCUAACAGUGUCUGAGCAAUGGGGAGCAUAACGGAGAUCCUGGCCCUCCCUGGGAAGUGCAGUGCCCUCAUCCAUUCCAUUACAGCUGCUCAGCUUUUUUUGCUUGCUCAAAAAGCUGCCUCAACAUAAUGUUUUUUGAGAGUGAAAUUACAUGUUUUGUGUAAUUUAUACAUGCUUCUUUCCUGAUUGCACUUCUCUUGUUAUUACCAGAAAUCCUCCCUCUGUUUUAGUUGGUCAGUUGAGGUUUUACACAGCAGUUGUUGGCAUCUCCACUUGCGGAUUUCUUCCUUUAUAUUUUUCGGUUUGCGAAUUCACCUUUUUAAGGUCUGUGUAGCUUUAAUUGGAGGCCUUCAGCUGUUGGGAGUCCUGCUGGUUUGGGUUUACUUCCUGCAGAGAAAGAGGCAACGUUUCUGUCCUUCAGCCUUUGAAGUCUGAAACCUUUUUAUAAAGGUUAUAAAGGUUAAUUCCUAUAGGAAUUACACCCCCCACCACCACCUCUUUGCUUGGACAAAAGUUUGUUUCACCUUUUUGUUUGCAGACAGUUAUCAGCAAAUUUAAGUGCAUUGUGUGUCGGAUUUUUAAUGCAAACUGUUAACUGGCCAUUUCAUCUGGAGCAGCAACAUCUUUUAGUUUAUAGCCUUUCAUACUUGUGCAAAUCCACUGAAACAUGCCUCCCGUCCUAGGUGUAAAAGUGAGGGAUGUGGCUUGUUGUGAAGAUUUUAAAUGGAGGGCUGGUAUACCAAAAUAGCUUGGUGGGGAUCAGGGCAGCUCUGAGAUAAAUAUAAUAUAAAUAGUUUAAAUACAGUGCUUUAAAAGCCUGUGCCCCCGUAAAAGGCACUUUGUCUCUGUGCCUAUUGCUAUGAAAAAAACCUGGUGCUGAUACCACAGUGUUACUGCCCUUAGCGUUGCCGCACAUAGGAAGUGAGAGGGUCUUUGCAAAGGUUUGACCUGACCCUGUGGAGCCAGAGGAACCGUGUCUGAGCUCCCACUGCCCAUGGUACCCUGCAGGCAGGCAGGGCGCGGCACUGGAGCAGAGCAGGAUUGCCAGCAUGGACUAGGCUGGAUCUGGUCUUGGAAAAAUUGUAGUCUGUUGAAUGUGGUAUUUUGGGAGGUGGCAGAGUGUUCUCCGCACGGUGUUUGCUGGUCACUUACUGCGGACACCUAGCUUUGGAGAGUGAGGCCGCCCUCUGUCCCAGCGUGGCUGGCUCAGCGGGGAGCUGGGGGGCUGCAGCCCUUCGGCAGGGGCUGUGCCGCGGGGCAGAACCUGCGCGUUGGCCCGCCAGCCCCGGUGAAUGAAAUCAACUGUUCCAGUGAGAGCACGGUGGUGUCACCAUAACUGCUCGCCUGAAGAAGUCACCAGCGAUGGCUGCCUGUGCCUGCCUGGAGGACACCUGUGCCAGCCCGUGGUGCAGGCGCAGCGAAGCAGCCUCGGCCACCCUGGGUCCCAGGGAUGUCACUCCGGACGCUGCCUCUGGGCUGAGUGCUGCGGGGGGGGGCUCGCUGUCCUCGAGUAGAAAUGUUGUGAAGGAAAAACGUUUGUUUUCUGAUUGACUUGAGCUCUGCGCUCAUGACAGCUGUCCAUUGUCAUUUUUCCUAUAUCUUCAUGUGAAUUAAGGGAACAAAGGUGGGCUUUUGGGGAGGACAGGGCUUCUGGGGCAGAAACCAGCCUCUGUGGAGCUUUGACAUGGAUUUGGGGAUACAGUGUUCUGAGACCUCUCAGCUGGCACUGCAGAGUCCAGGAACCUCCGGUCCAACCUAGUUCUGCACUGGUACGAGCGGAGAGGGUCCAUGGUGGGCAUCCUUUCCGAGGUGGGGCUGGAAAAAGCUGGUCGUGGUGAGCACUGUUCCUGAGCACACCCAGCUGCUCAUGUCCCCUUUGCCCCCUCCUGCCACCAUUCUCUUAGCUCAGAGUAUUCUUGCCAAAAUAUCAUCUGAAGUAACUUGUGAUUCCUCUGGUGGGAUUGGAGAAGGAGGAGAGACAAAGUCUAAUGGCCUACGGAGUCUUUCUGUAUUAAACAUGAUGGUAUCAUGCCUGUUUUUGAAGGAGCUAUUGUAUAGGUUUAAACUUUUUAUCGUACCACAUAGCCUUAUAGAAUUUGUAAAUAUGGGUCACAAUAAAUAUAUUGUGCUAUACAAAAUACUUUGUAUUACAUAGUUUCCUAAGUAAUAAAGAUAUUCUGGCUGUUGUGUAUUGUACUGUACACUUACGAUUCAAGUUCAGUUUUAUCACAUAUUAAGAAAAAAAUAUUUUCUAACACUAUAUUGUAAGCGUUUCUCAAAGGGCUUUAGGAGGCUGACAGCAAAAGGAAAUUGAGUUCUGUUAGGAAGAGAAAUCAAUGAGAGCUAGUGCCCCUUCUGCCAUCUUUUUUUAAUUGCCUUAUCCAUGUGCAAGCUCUGUGAGUUUGGGAGAGGAAGAUUCGAGGGCACUGCAGCCACUACAGACCUAAGUGUAAUGAGGACACUGGCAAGGAAUGGACUGGUAAGAAAAAUUCUCUAUUUCUAAUGCUGUUGUGCCUGUGUCUUUUACCAACUUAACUCAUUUUGUGUUCUCCUUUGAGUCCUCCUUCUAUACAGAAGUGAUUUUAUAUUCUACAGCUGAGCAGUUUCAUAUUCAGAGAAAAGAUGAAAAGGAACUGCAAUAAAAAUGGACUCUAUUCAACUGCUGUCUGUGCUGGGGUCUUCGUAGGUACCAGUGUCACUUGAAUAAUGACGAGAGGCACGAUGACUGAGCAGCAAAGUCCCCCUGAGCAGAUGGCGACUGGGGAGGGUGCUGGUGAGCGAGGUGGCAAUUACAAGAUCACGAUCUACGAGCUGGAGAAUUUCCAGGGGAAGAAAUGUGAGCUGACAGAGGAGCUCCCCAACAUCACCGAGAAAGAGCUGGAAAAGGUCGGCUCCAUCCAGGUGGAAUCUGGCCCGUGGCUGGGCUUUGAGCGGCAAGCCUUUGCCGGGGAGCAGUUUGUGCUGGAGAAGGGGGACUACCCACGCUGGGACUCCUGGUCCAACAGCCACAACAGCGACAGCCUGAUGUCCAUCCGUCCCCUCCAGAUCGACAGCCCCGACCACAAGAUCCACCUCUUUGAGAACGCCGGCUAUACUGGGCGGAAGAUGGAGAUUGUGGAUGAUGACGUCCCCAGCCUCUGGGCCCACGGCUUCCAGGACCGCGUGGCCAGUGUCAGGGCCCUGAACGGAACGUGGGUGGGCUAUGAGUACCCUGGCUACCGGGGCCGCCAGCACGUCUUUGAGAAGGGCGAGUACCGGCACUGGAACGAGUGGGAUGCCAACCAGCCCCUCAUCCAGUCUGUGCGUCGCGUGCGGGACCAGCAGUGGCACCAACGGGGCUGCUUCGAGAACAGCUGAGGGACGCCCCAGCCCCGUGCUGCCUGUGCCGGGGGUUGGCUGAUGUGACGCCGCCGGCUGAUGCCAUGACCUUAGUGUUUUUUUGUGCAAAAACCUCAAUAAAGCUCUGAGCUGGAGGC